GACGAUUACGACUACGUCAUUAUUGGAGCUGGAUCGGCAGGAUCAGUUGUUGCAGGACGGUUAGCAGAAAACAUCGACAGCAAAAUUCUCUUAAUUGAAGCCGGGGGAAAUACUUUUAUUGAAAAUGAGAUCCCUGGACUGGCAUUCUCCACAUUUGGAUCAGAAGUCGAUUGGAAUUACCCCACAAGGUCAAAUAAAAAUUAUUGCUUGGGUAUGAAGGACGAAACCUGUAUAUGGAACAAGGGUAAACUUCUCGGCGGCUCACAUUCAAUUAACGCAAUGCUCUACCUUCGCGGUAAUCCUCGCGACUACCAAGAUUGGGUGAAUGAAGGCAAUCCAGCGUGGAGCUGGAAUGAUAUCCAGUAUUAUUUCCAAAAGACAGAGAAGUUUAAAGGUAAUCAAAGUGGAGUCCAUGGAACCUAUGGCCCAAUGAAUGUCGAAACAUAUCGCGGACCAAAGCUUGACGAAUUUAUGUUUAUGAAAGCUGCUAAAGAGCUAGGAUAUAAUGCAGUUGAAGACUUUUCCGCAGGACCAUAUUUGGGCUUUGGAAGAGUUUACGGUACGUUAAAAAAUGGCAGAAGAAUGACUACGGCAAAGGCGUUUUUAACUCAAAAACGACCAAAUCUGCAUAUUAUCAAACAUGCUGUUGCUCGGAAAAUCAAAUUUACUCGAAAACUAAAGGCAGAAACAGUUAGUUUCGUUUAUAAAGGUCGGUAUCAAAUGGAGGUAAAAGCACGGAAGGAAAUCAUUUUAUGCGCAGGGUCCAUUGAGACUCCAAAGCUAUUGAUGCUUUCUGGUCUCGGCCCCAGAAUACAUCUAAAAGCACUAGGGCUUCCAGUCAUUAAAAAUUUGCCUGUGGGAAACAAUCUUCAGGAUCACGUGAGAGUUGACCUUUUCUUCAAACUGAAAAUUAAGCAAACGCUAGGAAUGGACUCUGAAUUUCUUGAUUCAGUUUACAGUCAAUGGGUGUACCGAAAUGGACCGUUCGGAAAACCUGGCCUUGACAUCACAGGCUUCAUCAACACGGAUGGAGUUGGGCUAUAUCCUGACAUCCAAUUAAUAUUAUCGCGCAUUGAUAACAUUACAGCAUUCCAACCGAACUGGAAGCCAUAUAUACUCCAAAGCUUUGAGAAUCAGAUUCAUCCACCAGACACGAUCUUCUUUAUCUCGGUGAUAUUAGUUCGACCAAGAUCUAGAGGUCUAGUCCGGCUUCAAAGUUUAGAUUACCGGCAUAAUCCGUUUAUACUUCCAAACUAUUUUCAAGAUGCAGACGAUAUGAGAAGAUUAGUAAGAGGUAUCCACAAGGUACUCGAAUUUCCAAAUACACCGAUCCUAAACGAUUUUGACGCAGAAUUUUUGAGACCGAAUUUGCCAACAUGUGACGAACACGAGUAUCAAAGCACGAGAUAUUGGAAGUGUUACUCCAGAUAUAUGACAAAUACAGUUUGGCAUCCCUGCGGAACUGCAAAGAUGGGUCCAAGGAAUAGUAAAAGUGCAGUCGUGGAUUCAGAAUUGAGAGUCCAUGGCGUGAAAGGUCUGAGAAUAAUUGAUGCGAGCGUCAUGCCCAACUUGGUGAGUUCCAACAUUAAUGCGGCGGUAAUUAUGAUUGGAGAAAAAGGUGCGGAUUUAGUGAAAACAGAUAAAACAAUAUAA